GAUUACAGGCCUGAGCCAUCACACCUGGCCAGAUUUCUGAUUUUUUUAAGUUAACACAAGCAGUCACCCAAUUCCCUUCUCAGGAAGCAGCUACUUUCACCCAUUCUCUUUCUCUCUGCCUCUCUCUGUGUCUGUCUGCCUGGCUCUUCUGUAUAUGCACACACAGCCCAUUCUCAUGAUUCCCGGAGCUUCCAUCCUAUACAAUCUCUACCAGCACCGAAUAACCAAAUACGGAACCAUCGCUCCUACAGGAAGCACAGUGUUAGGGUCUCAUGAGCCUCUGCUCACAACGUUCUCAUCCACCAAUCAGUGUUGUAUGCUGGGCCAUGCCCGGUCAUCGCUGGCAGCAGCAGGCACCAGGCGGCCACCACCUCCCUGGGGGGGCCACAGUCAGGGCCAGCACUCCCUCACCUUUACAUUCUCGGCACCUGGUGCAAUUUCCAGCACAUGGGAAGGUUCGCGGCAUCGUGAAUAAAUGAAUGCUUGAGAAGUAGAAGUAUCAGGUCACGUUGGAAACAUUCAGCAGAAAGAACCAAAAAGACCUGGUGGCCAACUGGAUAUGAUUUGCAGGAGAAAUGGAGACUUCGGUGAGAUGUCUAGCUGGGGUGACCAAGACUCAGUCGCUUAGCAAGCGGGAAAAACACUCUGGCAGCACGGAGCUGCGCUGCUUCCAGUGGCUGUGCUUUCUGCAGGGAACGUGCAUCAGGAGCCCUGCAUUAGACUCACGGGUUCGCAGCGCUUGGAGUAAAAUCAAGUGGAGAUGUGAGGCCCCACACAGGGGCCCGCGGCCUCCCUCAGUGCCCAGAUGGAAGACAGGGUGCAUGGCCCGCCAGGAACCGCCGUGAGCCUGACGGGAAAGGGCUCACUCCACUCUCCUCUCUUUCCUGUUUGCCACUUGCUCGAAAGCCCUUGUGGGGACUUCGGGCACCAGAGGGAGGGUGGGGAAUCACUUCUAGAAACAUUCCACCCUCACGCCAGCGUUGACUGGGGCUUCUCUAGCCUGAUAAAUUCCAGAAGCCGCAGCAACCCAGACAAGGAGAGUCCCUGGCGCUGGGAGCAGGGUGGACGGCCAGCACCGGCCCCGGGACUCUGCAUGCAGACAUUACACCCUGUCUGCCUCAGUAUCACGCUCUGCAGCCAACUUAGGCGAGGAUGUGUCAACAGACCCAAACAUAGACUCAGGACGUUACAAACCGAAUGGCGUCUCCUAGGACUAAGCAUGAAACUAAUGAGCAUCCUCCAGGUUUUCAACACAAACAAGGAAGGGCGGGCAUUGUUUACACUCCUGCUGGACCAACAGGCCAGGGAGAGAUAAAAGCCGACAGCCCUGAGCACCGAACACACACUCACACACUCACCCACCCACUCCCAUCUCCUCCAGCUCAACCCCAGCAUGGCCGCGUCCACCAUGUCCGUCUGCUCCAGCAACCUGAGCUAUGGCAGCCACGUCUGCCUGCCCGGCUCCUGUGACUCUUGCUCCGACUCCUGGCAGGUGGAAGACUGCCCAGAGAGCUGCUGUGAGCCCCUCUGCUGCACCCCGGCCCCCUGCCUGACCCUGGUCUGCACCCCAGCCAGCUGUGUGUCCAGCUCCUGCUGCCAGGUGGCCUGUGAGCCCAGCUCCUGCCAAUCAGGCUGCACCAGCUCCUGCACGCCCUUGUGCUGCCAGCAGUCUAGCUGCCAGCCUGCUUGCUGUACCUCCUCCCCCUGCCAGCAGGCCUGCUGCGUGCCCGUCUGCUGCAAGCCUGUCUGCUGUGUGCCCGUCUGCUGCAAGCCUGUGUGCUGCGUGCCCAUCUGCUGCAAGCCUGUCUGCUGCAAGUCUGUGUGCUGUGUGCCCACCUGCUCAGAGUCCUCCUCUUCAUGCUGCCAGCAGUCUAGCUGCCAGCCAGCUUGCUGCACCUCCUCCCCCUGCCAGCAGGCCUGCUGCGUGCCCAUCUGCUGCAAGCCUGUCUGCUGUGUGCCCACCUGCUUUGAGUCUUCCUCUUCAUGCUGCCAGCAGUCUAGCUGUGUGAGCUGUGUGUCCAGCCCCUGCUGCCAGGCAGCCUGUGAGCCCAGCCCCUGCCAAUCAGGCUGUACCAGCACCUGCACGCCUGCAUGCUGCCAGCAAUCUAGCUGCCAGCCAGCUUGUUGCACCUCUUCUUCCUGCCAGCAGUCUAGCUGCCAGCUGGCUUGCUGCACCACAUCCUGCUGCAGACCCUCCUCCUCUGUGUCCCUCCUCUGCCGCCCCGUGUGCAAGCCUGCCUGCUGCGUGCCCGUCCCCUCCUGCUAUGCCGCCACCUCCUCCUGCCAGCCCAGCUGCUGCCGCCCGGCCUCCUGUGUGUCCCUCAUCUGCCGCCCCGUGUGCUCCCGCCCAGCCUGCUGAGGCCUCUGCUCAGCCCAGGAGUCCAGCUGCUGAGUGAUCUCCUUAAGAUCAUCCAAAGCCGGAGCGCUCACUGCCACCUGCACCCCUGGAUUCCUUGCCCCUGAUGGCUGUGCAGCCCCCACUCCUGAGCCUGCCGUGGGCGCCCGUGGUCAGCUGGCCACCAGCAUGCAGCCCUCCUUCUGGCAGCAGCUCAGCUGUUCCUUCAAGUCUUGACUUUCCCCCAAUCACCCAGCCCUGCCUCCCCAGCAACAGGUGGGCAGUGACCCCAGCAAGGCCAGCCGGGUCCUCCCAGGCCAUGGCCUGCUGUGGUGAGAAGAGAAGGCAGACCCACGUCAGGUGUGGGUUUCUUGUCGCCGCCCAGCUCAGUGGCGAGGCCGGCCUCUGUCUUCCCUGACAACAGGAACGGGUCAGACCCUUCCAAUAAAUUCCUUUCCUAAAAAGUA